AUGGCCGGGCUCCUGCCGCUGCUGCUGCUGCUGCUGCUGCGGGCGGGCCCCGGGGCCGGCGCCUCCCAGGACGAUUGUGCCUCCAGGCUGUUCACGUUGGGCGGGGAGUGCUGCCGCCUCUGCAACGUGGGCGAGGGCGUGGUGCAGCCCUGCGGGGUCAACCAGACGGUGUGCGAGCCCUGCCUGGACAGCGUCACCUUCUCGGACACGGCGAGCGCCACGGAGCCGUGCAAGCCGUGCACGCAGUGCGAGGGGCUGCAGAGCAUGUCGGCGCCCUGCGUGGAGACCGACGACGCCGUGUGCCGCUGCGCCUACGGCUACUUCCAGGACGAGAGCAGCGGCGGCUGCCGCGAGUGCCGCGUCUGCGAGGUCGGCUUCGGGCUCAUGUUCCCCUGCAAGGACUCGCAGGACACCGUGUGCGAGGAGUGCCCCGAGGGCACCUUCUCCAGCGAGGCCAACUUCGUGGACCCCUGCCUGCCCUGCACCACCUGCGAGGACAACGAGGUGCUGGUGCGCGAGUGCACGGCCACGGCGGACGCUGAGUGCAGGGGGCUCCACCCUCGCUGGACCACGCCGGCCCCGUCCCCGGGGGGCUCCGAGAGCCCCGAGGCCACCGCGGAGCCGCCGAGCACCGAGGACGGGCCCAGCACGGCGGCCGACACGGCCACCACGGUCAUGGGCAGCUCACAGCCCGUGCUCACCCGCGGCACCAGCGACAACCUCAUCCCCGUCUACUGCUCCAUCCUGGCCGCCGUGGUGGUGGGGCUGGUGGCCUACAUCGCCUUCAAGAGGUGGAACAGCUGCAAGCAGAACAAGCAAGGCGCCAACAACCGCCCGGUGAACCAGACGCCGUCCCCCGAGGGCGAGAAGCUGCACAGCGACAGCGGCAUCUCCGUGGACAGCCAGAGCCUGCACGAGCAGCAGCCGCCCGGGCAGGGCACCCAGGGGCCAGCUCCCAAGGCGGACGGCAGCCCAUACUCGGCGCUGCCGGCCAGCAAGCAGGAGGAGGUGGAGAAGCUGCUGGGCAGCUCGGCCGAGGACACGUGGCGGCAGCUGGCGGGGGAGCUGGGCUACAAGGAGGAGCUGAUCGAGUCCUUCACGCGCGAGGAGGCGCCGGCGCGGGCGCUGCUGGCGCACUGGGCCGGCCGCGAGUCGGCCACGCUGGACGCGCUCCUGGCCGCCCUGCGCCGCCUGCAGCGCGGCGACAUCGCCGACAGCCUGGCCAGCGACUCCACCGCCACCUCCCCGGUGUGA